AUGCAGGGGAAACACUUGCAGCAGCAGCAGCAGCAGCAGCAACAGCUGCUGCUGCAGCAGCCACACGUGCCGCAGCCUCUACUGCAGCAACAACAGCUGCAGCAGCAGCCUUUACUCCAGCAACAACAGCUGCAGCAGCAACCCCUACAGCAGCAGCAGCAGCUGCAGCAGCUGCAGCAGCAACAUUACAUGCAGCAGCAGAUUGUACCUCCGACCCAUACUCAUCAGAAUGCGCAGCAGCAGCAGAUGCAGCAGCAGCUGCAGCAGCAGCAGAUGCCACUGCUGCAACACCGGCCGAUGCAACUUCCUCAGCAGCAUAUACAGCAGCAGCAGCAGCAGCACCCACUGCAACAGCACCAGGAGCAGCUGCAACUGCAGCAGCAGCACCAGGAGCAGCAACAACUGCAGCAGCGGCGGCAAAGCCAGCUGCAGCCAGGUGCUGCUGCUUCCCCGCUGACUGCAGCAACAGUAGCAGCAGCAGCAGCAAAGCCGGCAGCAGCAGCGCAGCAGUCGCCAGCACUACGCCUCCGAAGCAACGGCAUGCCUGAGCAGCAGCAGCAGCAGCAACAUCAGCAGCAGCUGUUGCAGCAGCAGCAGCAGGCAGCUGCAUCAUCUUUGUCACGAGCCCGUUAUGUUGCUUCCCCUGCAGCAGCUGCUGGCUUGGGUCCUGUUGCUGCUGCGCACCAUGCAGCAGCAGCAGCAGCAGCAGCAGCAACUCCAGCAGCAGCAGCAGCAGAGUUUAGGCCUCGAUGGAUUCCUAAUUACACAGUAGCAGCAGCAGCAGUUACGGAGGCAGGACAAGCUUUGGAUAAUAUUGUUGGUGCAGCAGCAGUUGCUGCUGCUGCUGCAGCAGCAGCAGCAGCAGCGCAUGCAGCAGCAGGAGCAGCAGGCGCGGCCGCAAGCAGCAUUAAGCUGCCGAUUGUGUCGCCCUCCAAGGCCUUGCUGCUGCAGCAGCUGCUAGAGGAGAUCGAUUUGGCUGCUGCUGCAGUGCAGCAGCAGCAACAACAGCAACAGCAGCAACUGUGGCUGCUGGGGCAGCAAAGGAGUGGUGAUACAUUGAGGGAAGAACAGCAGCAGCAGCAGCAGUUGCUGCUGCUGCAGCAACAUCUGCAGCAGCUGCUGCAGGUCCGCUCGCUAGCGCAGACACUUCUAUCGGGAGUUGCUGCUGCAGCAGGAAGGUUUAAGGAGACUGCAGCAGCUAACGCAGCAGCAGCAGCAGCAGCAGCAGCAGGCAAGUUGCCGCAGACCGUCCGGACCCCUGACCUUAGCGGCCUUGCAUCUGUACCGAGCAGCAGCAGCAGCAGCAGCAGCAGCACGCAGCAAGGAAGCUGCCCUAGUGGACCAAGCAGGGUGGGUGCUGCUGACAUAUCUUCUCCGCAGCAGCAGCCGCAGCAGCAGCAGCAGCAACAGCAGCCACAACAGCAGCAGCAGCAGCAGCUUGCUAGCGACAAGACAUGGCAAGCAGUACGGUUAGCACAACAGCAACAACCUGCUGCUGCUACACCCCCUGUUGCUGCUGCUGCUUCUGCUGCUGCUGCUGCUCCUACAGCAUCGCAGGUGGCGCAGCUAUUUGCUGCUCCUAAUGAACUUCCUGGUGUACCCGCGCUGCUGCAGCUGCUGCGCUAUACUUUUCCUGCUGCAGAGAAGCAGCACCAGCUGCAGCUGCUGCUGCAGCAGCAAGAGCAGCUGCUGCAGCAUCUGCUGCCUGAGGAGGAAGCAUCGAAGGAAACUUCCUCUACAUCGCCAGCAGCAGCAGCAGCAACAGCAGCAGCAGCAGAAUCGCCAUUACGCCUUAUAGAUAGCUCGUAUGAUGUGUCUCAGUUUAGUGCAGCAGCAGCAGCUGCUGCUGCUGCAGCAGAAGCAGCAGCAGAAGCAACAGCAGCAGAUGAUGGUGUAUCUCUGCCUGAACCUGCUGUAGUCCCUCUGCCUCCGCAGCAAGGUCCUCCUGCUGCUGGCUGGCAGCACGGAGAGCAGCAGCAGCUGCCGCUGCUGCUGCUGCUGCGGCGUAAGAGACAAAACCCCACACCUAAUUACAGGCUGCUGUCUCAGCGAUCGCAGCAGCAGCAGCAGCGGCGGCUGCUGCGUUGGCGUAAGCACCAGCAGCAGCAGCUUGAUUAUCAUCAUCAGCAGCAUAGAACAGCAGCAACAGCAGCAGCAGCAGCAGCAGCAGAUUGGCGAAGCUUAGAGGACCCCGUGCUGCUGCCUGCUGCUGUCCAUUUGCUGCCGCAGCAUCGCCGUCUAUGUGUUUUGUUUUUAGAUAUAAAAGCUGCUUGUGGCACUGCAGCAGCAGAAGCCUUGCAGCAACAUCUAGCAGCAGCAGCAGCAGCAGCAGCAGCAGCAGCAAGUGGUGCUGCUGCUGAUGUUGCUGCUGCUCCAGGAGGGUGCACUGCAAAGACUGCGCACCGAAACGAAGCAACUCAUGGUGUGGGGAAGACAGCAGCAGCAGCAGCAGCAGCAGCAGCUGCAGCAUCUCUGGAGGGAGAUGGAGGAGGCGUUAAUAACUGCAACAGCAGCAGCAGCAGCAGCAGCAGCAGUUUGCUGCCAGCAGCAGAAGCAGUAGUAUGGGAUAUGUGUGAUGUUGGUGUUGCUCUUAAGGGUCUUGUGUCUUCUUGGCUAACAGAUAAUAAUAUACCAUACACUAUACAUAUCAGUAUACUGCAGCAGCAGCAGCAGCAGCAGCAGCAGCAGCAGCAGCAGCAGCAGCAACUGCAGCAGCAGCAACAACAGUCGCAGAUGCUGGCGCAAGCGCAUCGCCCCGCGACACGAUCUAACCAGUCCAGCAGCAGCAGUUCUAGUACAGCAACUGCUGCUGCAUCUGCAGCAGCUGCAGCAGCAGCAGCUGCUGCUGCAGCAGCAGCAGCAGUAGCAGGAGCACCUGCAGCAGUUGGCGACAUGCCCUAUACCAUCAAUGUGAUGGAUUUGCUGCUGAAGAAUCUGCGGCAGCAGCUUGCUGCAGCGCAGCAGCGGGAAGCUGAUUUUACUUUGCUGCUGCAGCUGCUGCAGCAAGCAAAGAAGCAGCAGCAGCGGCUGGCGUUGCAGCCAAAGCAUGCACAGCAACAUUGUGCUGCAGCAGCAGCUGCAGCAGACGGCAGCAGCAGUAGUAGUAGUAGUAGUAGCAGUAGUAGUAGUUGUAGCAGCGACAGCAGCAGCUACAACCAUAGCCAGAACGGCACACAUGACAGCAGCAGCAGCAGCAGCAGCAGCAGCAGCAGCAGCAGCACUAGUGAAUCGGAUGCUGCUGCUGCUGCUUCUUUAGAUCCUAAGAAGUUGGAUUUUUUACCGCAACAAUCGCAAGAUGAGCAGCAAUCGCAGCAACAGCAGCAGCAACAGCAGCAGCAGCAACAGCAGCAGCAGCAACAGCAGCAGCAACAGGAGCAGCAGCAGCAGCAGGAGGAGAGUGCCUCCUUCGUGAGUUUGCUGCAGCAGCAGCUAAAGAAAGUAUUAAUAAUAAAGGCAAGAGACAGCAGCAGCGGAUGGGAGAUAAGAGACACAUUGCUAUGGUACCUAGAUGCUGCUGAUGCUGCAGUGUAUGCGCAGGUGCAGCAGCUAAGUAAGGAGCUGCUGCUGCCUCCUCCUCUUGCUGCUGCUUAUCUUGUCUCCUUGCUGCAGCAAAUCACCAACAGCAGAUAUGCACUCGUGCUGCAGCAUCAGCAGCAACUAAGACAAGCACAUAAGGCAUGGGGACUUGCACCACCCUUUUGCUGCAGGGCAGGAGCAGCAGCAGUAGCAGCAGCAACUGCAACAGCAGCAGCAGAAGCAGCAGCAGCUGAUGUUGCUGCUAAUGCUGAUGCUGCUGCUGCCGCCGCCGCCGCAGAUGCAGCAGCAGCAGGGCAGCAGCAGAAUACACAGACUGACGGAGCUGCUGCUGCAGACGAAAAAGCAGCAGCAGCAGCAACAACAACAACAGCAGCAGCAGCAGCAGCAGCAACGAACGGCUGUCCAAGCAGUAACAGUGUCAGUAUAGGUGUUGGUAUAGGGAGCAGCAGUGUAGCGGCAGCCGCAGGGCAGCAGCAGCAGCAACAGUUGCAGCAACAGCAGCAACAACAGCAGCAGCAGCAGCAGCAGCAGCAGAACCGCAGCAGCAUUUUACGUGGAUGGUCGGAUGACGUCAAGACACACCGCGGCCUCUUCAUCUAUUGUCCUGAGGGUGGUGAAUCUCUUCUUUCUCCUUGGACAGAAUUCAUCAAAAGAGUUGAACGAACCUGCAGCAGCAGACCGAGGCCGUUGCUGCUGCGCAGCAGCAGCAGCAGCAGCAACAGCAGCAGCAGCAGCAGCAACAGCAGCAGCAGUAGUAGUAGUAGUGAUAGUGACAGCAGCAGUGAUAGCGAAGGGGAAGCCAAUCACAACUACACAAGGAGGCAAGGAGUAUCGCCAGGGAGUGACAGCAGCAGCAGCAGCAGCAGCAGCAGCAGCAGCAGGGUCCCAAGCAUAUGUUCACGACUAGAUACUAAUGUAUCUCGUGUUAUUGCUUCCUGCUGCGCUGCUGCUGCUGCUAGACGACGUCUUGCUGCUGCUGAUGCGGUGGUGCAGCAGGUAUGGAGACCUAGAGGCAGCAGGCAAGCAGCAGCAGCAGCAGCAGCAGCAGCUGCUGCUACUGCUGCUUCUACACGACUUGCCACAGGGGCUUCUGCUGCUGCUGAGUCUGCUGAUGCAAUAGCUGACGGACCAGAGCACUGCAACAUCCCGCUGCAGCAGCUGCAGCAGCAGCAAGAACAGCAGCAGCAGCAGCAGUGGGGCCCCACACUUACAUGGACCCCAGGGGGGCAGCAAUGGCACAGAAGGCUGCCGCCCCCCAAGCGAAAACGACGCUAG